CGUUUAACUUUGGGGCCUCGCCUGUGCUGGAAAGUUGGAAGCGAAGGAUGGUGGAAAAGAUGUUUUUUUCCCUAGAUGAGUUUGACGGGGCUGUUGCAGGAGCACUCACCACACCAUCCGGGUGACUGAAGACACUCCAUUUCGGGAAAGGUCGCGGCGACUGGCCCCUGCAGACGUGGAGGAUGUGCAGCAGCAUUUGUGUAAGUUGAAGGAAGCUGGGAUCAUUAUGGAGUCCCGCAGCCCUUAUGCGUCCUCUAUAGUCGUGGCCAGGAAGAAAAAUGGGAAGUUUCGUAUGUGUGUGGACUACAGGACCCUGAAUGGGCGCACCAUCCCUGACCAGUCCCCAGGGUGGAAGAUGUGCUGGCCUGUCUGAGUGGGGCGAAGUGGUUCAGUGUGUUGGAUUUGAGGAGUGGAUGUUACCAGAUCCUGAUGAGUGAGGCGGAUAAGGAGAAGACGGCCUUUAUAAGCCCUCUGGGAUUUUACCAGUUUGAGAGGAUGCCCCAGGGCAUAUCGGGGGCCCCUGCCGCCUUCCAGAGGGUCAUGGAGAAGACGGCGGGGGAUAUGAACUUGCUUGAGGUGCUGGUAUAUUUGGACGACCUGAUAGUAUUUGGAUCCACCUUGGAAGAACACGAAGCGAGACUAAUGAAGGUGCCCAACUGGCUGAAGGAUGAAGGGUUAAAACUUUCCCUGGACAAGUGCCAGUUUGCCAGAUGUCUGUUAGCUAUGUUGGACAUAUAAUCUCCCAGAAUGGAGUAGCUACAGACCCAGCUAAGAUCGAAGCGGUGACCACCUGACCAAGGCCCCAGACUGUGAGCGCUCUGCAAUCGUUCCUGGGGUUUUGUGGAUACUACCGGAGAUUCGUGAAGGGCUACGCCAAGGUGAGCCAUCCCUUGAACCAGCUUCUGUGUAGCUACCCCCCUCUGGGACAGAAAGGGAAAAGGAGCAGAGGACGGGAGGCUGGAAAAUAUUUGAACCCGGCAGAACCCUUCGGACAGAGAUGGGAUGACCAGUGUGAAGCAGCUUUUCAUUCACUGAAGGAGAUGCUGACUCAGGCGCUGGUGCUGGCUUUUGCGGACCCUCGGUUGCCCUAUGUGCUGCACACCAAUGCCAGUCGGGAGGAGUUGGGGACCAUCUUAUAUCAGGAUCAGGGCGCCGGACUGAGGCCGGUAGUGUUUGUCAGCUGGAGUUUGUCACCGUCCGAAAGGAACUACACCGCCCGUAAGUUGGAGUUUCUGGCGUUGAAAUGGGUGGUGGUGGAGAAGCUGAGUGACUAUCUCUACGGGGCCAAGUUUGAGGUGCGGACGGACAGCAACCCGCUUACCUACAUCCUGACCUCGGUGAAACUGGACGUGACCGGUCAUCGAUGGUUGUCCACCCUGUCUACGUAUGAUUUUAGCCUGAAAUACCAGACGGGUAGCAGGAAUGUCCAUGCGGAUGCUCUGUCUCGAUGGAGGCAUGAAGACCUGGAAAAGGACGAGGAGUGGGAGAGCGUUCCUGCAUCUGGGAUGAAGGUAAUGUGUCAGUUUGCUAUCACCGUGCAGGCCGAGGAAAAGGAGAGGCCAGAUUGUGCAGUGGAUCUGUGCCACCGACACUGACCCUGACUGUGAUUUGUGCCCCCAACACUACCCCUAGCUGACUGUGACAUGACUGCUCUGAAGACCCCACAGCUGCCAGAGUUGAGUCCUGGGGAAGUCACUGCAUGAUGACCCUGGGUACUUGGGGGUGGAGAAGACCUAUAGGUUGCUCAAGGACUGGUUUCACUGGCCCCGAAUGAGGUCGGAGGUCAACGAGUACAUGGCGAAUGUCUUAGUCAUCAUGGACCAUCACACCAGGUGUGCUCAAGCGUUCCCCACCAAGGAUCAGAGGGUGAUUAUGGUGGCAAGAGUGCUAUGGGAGAAGUAUUUUGUGCAUUACGGCCCUCCCUGGCAGGUACAUAGUGACCACGGGCGGGACUUCGAGUGUAAGCUCAUCUAUGAGUUACUGGAUAUGCUGGGAAUUGAGAAAUCAAGGACCACGCCCUAUCAUCCACAGGGCGAUCCCCAGCCAGAGAGGUUUAAUCGGACCCUGCUAGACAUGCUCAGGACGCUGGAGAUCAGCAAAAAGAGUCGAUGGAGUCAACAUAUUGCUCAUCUGGUUCACUGCUACAACUGUACACGCAAUGAUGCUACUGGCUACUCGCCCUAUUAUCUGACGUUCAGGCACGAGGCAAGGUUGUCCAUUGAGCUCUGUUUCGGGACGGCCACGGGUGAAGUAUUGCUGAAGCCUGACUUGAAGUAUGUGGCUGAUGUGAAGAAAAGCUGCAAAGAGCUUAUGAGUUGCCUGGGGAGGCGGCCGCCAAGCAGAAUCGGGGAAAUAAGAAGAGGUAUGACCGGAAAGUUAAGUUCUCCCAGCUCCUGCCGGGAGACUGAGCCCUCAUAAGGUAUUUGGGAUUACCUGGGAAGCACAAGCUGGCAGAUCGCUGGUCGGGCACACCCUAUGUGGUGGGGAGUCAGUUGUCCAACUUACCGGUUUUCCGAGUGCGGCCCGAGGAUGGGACGGGGCCCGUCAAGAUUCUCCAUGGGAUCAUCUGUUGCCUCUGGGAUGAGAUGUACAUGUAGAGCGGGAGCCCGAGGUGCCGGCUGCAUCUUGUACCAGGACUUUGUGUCCACACAAGGAGGAAGAGCCCACACUGUGAGAGAUACUGACUCGGACGAUUGGUACAUGCUGCCGUUCGCUGAUGCCUCCAUGAUGGAAGGGGAGGCUCCUGGCCCUUCUCCCACUGGGUUAGACAGAGUAAGGGGGGGCUAGUGAUGGGCCGUUGGGAGUACCACAGGGCGUUGGCGGGGAGGACGUGGGGCCCGAGCAAGAGAGGUGCAGAGGGGUUUGGGUGACCACUCACAGGAGGGUUCACCUUAUAGUUUCCAUGGGUCUCCUGUAGUGUCCAAGGUGGAGGAGUUAGAGGAGGGAGUGCGCAGGUGUCAGAGAAGUAGGCACCCCCCCCCCCCCCCACCCCCCAGAUAGGUUGGCCAAUGUUGUAGGGUGUGAUCUCCACUGUUCUGGGGAGUUAUGUCACUGCUUUCUGCACUUGGGUUGGGUUUGGAGUUUUGCAGGAAGGGUUGGCGUCAUGAGGGCAUGAAUAAAUUUGGUGGGGAGGAGAAUGUAGGGCUCUCAGUACCAUUAACAGUGGUGUUAACUGUUCAGGCUAACAAAAUGGCUUCUCUGUAAUGUUACUUAAUGGGUUUCUGUAUCUGGAAUGUUUGGGUUAUAACUGCAGAUAAGGGGGGAACUAACCAAUGGAGAAUUGUUAUGCUAUCUUGUAUGUGUGAGCUGAAUGGGAGUUCACGGUCUGUUUCGGGAGGUGAGCGACGAGGACGGACGUGUGAGGAAUGGACAGCGGUUCCAGGGCGGCAGAUACUGGACGUCGGUGGUUCGGAUGGUGGCCAAAGGCUCGGAAGGUCGCUGUGAAUGGAACCGGAGACAUGAGCUCCAACAUAUUAUAUUAUGAGAUAUUAUGGUGGCACCGAGUUUGUGGAUGAAAUGGAGCGACUGUGCCAGAAACGAGCAUUGGAUCUAUAUUCCCUCGAUCCAGAGAAAUGGGGCGUCAAUGUCCAGCCGUAUUCAGGCUCGCCGGCAAACUUUGCCGUGUACACAGCUCUGGUAGAGCCACACGGGAGGAUCAUGGGAUUGGAUCUACCGGACGGUGGGCAUCUGACACAUGGCUUCAUGACAGAGAAAAAGAAAAUCUCCGCCACAUCCAUCUUUUUUGAGUCCUUGCCAUACAAGGUUCACCCAGAGACAGGCUACAUUGAUUAUGACAGACUUGCAGAAAAUGCUCGUCUCUUCCACCCGAAACUCAUCAUUGCAGGUGUUAGUUGCUAUUCCCGGAACCUGGAUUACGCCAGGAUGCGGCAGAUUGCAGACGAGAAUGGUGCCUACCUGAUGGCAGACAUGGCGCACAUCAGUGGCCUGGUGGCAGCUGGUGAAGUACCCUCCCCUUUCAGGUACUGUGACGUAGUCUCCACCACAACGCACAAGACUCUCCGUGGCUGCAGAUCUGGUAUGAUCUUCUAUAGGAAAGGAAUCCGCAGUGUCGACCCAAAGACAGGCAAGGAGAUGAUGUACAACCUGGAAGGUCCUCUGAACCAGGCAGUCUUCCCUGGACUGCAAGGUGGGCCCCACAACCACGCCAUCGCAGGGGUUGCAGUGGCACUCAAGCAGGCAAUGUCGCCGGAGUUCAAGGUCUACCAGAAGCAAGUUCUGUCUAACUGCAAGGCUCUUUCGACUGCAUUGGUGGAUCUGGGAUACAAGAUUGUUACCGGCGGUUCUGACAAUCACCUGAUCCUGCUCGAUCUGCGUAACCAGGGAACUGACGGGGGCAGAGCUGAGAAGGUUCUGGAACAGUGUGCCAUUGCUUGCAAUAAGAACACUUGUCCAGGUGACAAGAGUGCCUUACGGCCCAGCGGUCUGAGACUGGGGACACCAGCCCUCACUUCCCGUGGGCUGCUAGAGGAGGACUUCAGGAUGGUGGCGGAUUUCAUUCACAGAGGGAUUGAAAUAACACUGGAGAUCCAGAGGGACAUUGGAGCAAAGGCGCCCCUCAAGGAAUUCAAGGAGAAAAUGCUGACUGACAAGAACUAUCAGAACAAGAUCGUUCAGCUGAGGGAUGCUGUGGAGACAUUUGCAUCCAAGUUCCCAAUUCCUGGAUUGCCUGAUAUUUAAGUGUGUUGGCCAUCAAGGAAACAAAUCACCUGUCUGAAAGGGUUUAAAGAAAAAUUCCAACAGGGCCAAUGAUUUCGGCAUUUCCUAUAGGAAUGCUGUUCUGUCCUUUAAUUCUCCACUAAUUAUAGAGUUCUACGGCGUGGAAUCUGUUCACUUGGCCAAUGGCGUCUGUGCUGACCAAUGGCCAUCCAUAAUUGUUAACGCCAUUUUCCAGCACUCAACCUCAUAACCUAUUGUGCUUCAGUGAUUCAGGUGCUUGUCCAAAGACUUUUUAAAUACUAUAUUUACUCUGCUUCUACUAUUCUCUCAGGCAGGACAUUUCAGUCUCCUGCCUUCUCCUGGGGCUAGCGCCUUGGGCCAUCUCUUCAAGUCAACUUCUGUCUUGUAGAAGCAAUAACUUUGAUCACUGCCCCUCCCUGGUGUCCUUUGUUCAACUAUUAGCAAUAAUGUCUUUAUCUGCUAUGGACCUGGCCUCCUGUACGUGGAACUCCAAAGACUGCAGUUGCAGGAAACACUCAGCAGGUCGGGCAGUGUAGAUGGAAACAGACCCAGAGUUAAUGUUUCAGGUCAAGGACCCUUUGUCAGAACAGCUAACACCAUUUAUCGUACUACAGGUGCUGCCUAAUCUGCUGAGCAUUUCUAGCUAUCUUCUUAGUAGCUAAUUUAUAAAAUCCUUUCUGUAACCCAUUUACCUCUUAACAUGCUCUCUUCAUUUUAGGCAUCCCUUUCUCCCCAACCAA